AUGUCGCACAGAAAUGUGCCGGCGGCCAUCUAUUCCUCUGAUGCAGCCCGCGAUUCCACAACGACUUCGAGUGCGACGACAGAAAAAUAUCCAGCAAACAACUCAAUGUAUCAACCGUUUCCUGAGGUCGUGACCCAGCCACCUUCUCAACCUCUGCAGUCUCACCAGCAGCCAGGGCCUGUCUACCAUCAACAGCAAUAUCAAUAUACAAAUGGCUAUGCAACAGAAGCAAGCCAGCCACCGACACGUCCUCUCAAGCCCAAUCCCUGGGACUUGUCGCCGCUUGCAUUCGGACUAUUGAUCGCAGCAAUUACCGCUCUGGUGGUAGGUGGAGUGGUGGGUGGUGGUGUUGCGGGAGCGUUAUCGGGACACGACUCGAGUUCAUCAAGUACACGUGUGUCAACGGCGACUGUCACUUCAGGCGCAACAGCAACAGCAACACAGUCAUUAUCAUCAACUACCACCUCCUCCGGCCUCCCCUCCCCAUCAUCGCUAGAAAAUUUCGUCGUCCCUGAGCCCUACUACGUCGAUACGUUGCAAAACCCCGGCUGUGCAGACAGCAACUCGCGUAUCGACGUUCAACACGACGCCUCUUUCGAUAUCUUUUGCGGUCUCGACAUGAUAAACCAUGUUGCCGAUGAAAACAACCCUGACUUGCAGGUUGCUGAUGUUGUGGGGCUGUUCGCUUAUAGCCUUACCGACUGUCUGUAUGCUUGCUCGAACGCGAUAUAUUUCAGACAGUUGUACGGUCAAGAUAGCGCAAGCGGAAACAUGCAGACGUGUGCCGGGGUUACCUGGGAUUAUCAGAUGGCAUCUAGCAACUCUUCGAAUUAUGCCAAUUGA